CUUUAAAAAAAAAAAAAAAAAAGUGUCCCAGUUUGGAUUGCAAAACUCAAUGGGAAAUGGACUUUAUAAGAAUAAGUUAGAAUGAAUCGAAUAUUUGCAACAUGACAGGUCAGUGUACUUACAUGGCUCGUGUGUGUGUUUCUUUCGGCUUGUCCCUUUCGGGGUCGCCACAGCGUAUCAUCUCAGAUGGACGCAUAUAUACGUUUGGCACAAUAUUUACGCCGGAUGCCCUUCCUGACGCAACCCUUCCCAGGGAGUGGAGGCCCCAGUGGGAUACGAACCCGCAACUCCUGGUUUACCAAACCAGUGCUCUGACCACUGAGCUACGGGGCCUCUAAAUUCAUGGCUCGUAAUGAGCUAUAUUUACUCUAUUACUCAAGUAACGUUUUGGAUAAACCAGACUUGUCAGAGGAGUUUUAAUGCAAUAUACUUUUGAUGGGAGGGAACGACUUUUACUCCAUCCCAUUCAUCUCCAAGCAACUCCAAAAUUGUGAAUUUAUCUACACAGACUUUGCCACAUGACAAUUUCACCAGUCCAAUGUUACCGGUUACAUUUUGGAUUCCAUUGUGACCAAAACAGCCAGUUGGUCGCAUGACAUGACCACACCCCAUCUUCAUCCUGCAGCCCCCACAAAAGAAGCAAAAUGUUCCAAGCGAUUCGUGAAAGUUGGCAGAAAUCUUUAUUUACCUCGCAGACCUCACAAAACUGGAUGAGUGGACUCCAAAAAAAAAAAAAGCGGUGUUGUGUCUGCCUAAAAACAAUGUCAUUUCGCCUUACAAGAAUUCCACUUGGAACUUGAAAAACGAUGUGGUUUUCUGUGUCAUCUUUGACUGGUGACCCCGUUGAGCUGCUCAAGGAGUGAAAACAAACCCAAAAAACUUAAUGAAGGACAAUUUCUUAUGGGUGAAUUUGAGUUUUAUAAAGAUUUCGUUGGGUCAUGAUAUUGUUGCAAUAUCUGAAGAUGCCGCCUCCUGCUUUCGAGGGGUUCAAAAUCCAAACCUUUGGUUAUUUUCAAAUGUUUCUGGAAAUCUCUGGCAAAUUUUAUGCACCGCUGCAAAACUGGAUCAUGUUCCUGUUUUCUGGUGACAGUCAGGUGUGUGUAUAUUUAUGAUACGGUAACUUUCUGGCAUGACGUAAGAGGUAAUGACCUAAAAGAAUUCACACGCUGAAUCACAAUGCUGCCAUCUGCUCGCGUUUAGCCCCGCUUAGCCUAGUUAAAGUGCGGGCGGGGGCCACACUGAGCUCGCUUGCUUACCGGCUUCUAUUCACUUCUCCUUAAGCCAAUCAUUUGUGAUUUUUGAUGCCGGCACACCCAAGCAACUACUUCAUACCCACCAGUUCGGAUAAUCAAUCACCUCAACAUGCUCGGGAGAGCCGUUUGAAAACUUCAUUUUUACAUAUUCUCUCCAGGAAGUUAAAAUUGACUCCGGAAAUUGCUUUUCAUACUUUUCACACCAAGUACCACUUUAAAAAAAAAUACUUGCAGUUCUCAAAGUAGCACCCUCCUGACCAACAUAUCAAAUAUAGAGGCAUGGUAGGCCUGCGUGUCCAUCAAAAGGGUUUUAGUUGUAUAUUUGAAGCCACUGUAACCUCGUGCACGGUUUGACCACUAAUAUUAUGCUUGAUUAUGGGAUAAACUACUUUGUGAUGAAAAUGUAUUGCACAUGAGUUAACUGUAUGCAAAUGUGUUGACUUUAAAAAGUGUAUAACGGCUGUACUUGGGCCGUGAUUAUUUUGCGUGCCACUGGAGGGCGCCUAAACCUGAUCAAAUUCUGUGAUUUAGUAUUUCUCCAUCUAUCCCUACCCGAAGAUAGCUGGGAUUGGCUCCAGCAAUCCCGCGACCCACGUGAGGAUAAGCGGUCAGAAAAUGUAUGAAUGGAUGAAUAUUGUAAUUAUGGGAUGCAAUUAUUGUGAGCGAUCUCGGUGAAAGUGCUGUACAAACGAAUUAGAAUUCAUAAAGAAGUGUGAAUUUGGUUUCAAAAAUGUUGAUUACAGAUGUGUUGGUUUUCCUCUAUGAUCCUUUAGUUUUUCUUCUUCUCAUGACAUUUGUUUUACAGUUGAAUAUUUCCAAAUAUGUAUCUGUAUACGUGUGUUGAGUUCGUCUUUUGCAAGCUCCCUGCAAGAGGGCACGGCCACUGCGCAUGCUCCUUGCGCAGUGGCCGCCAUGUUGGAGCAGGAGUGGGCUCAGGCUGCUAUUUUCUGACGCCGUAUGUUGUUUUUGGUUUGUUUGGGGUUUUUUUCCUCCCUCUUCGACGAUUGUCCGCACAGAACAUCGUCGACGUCCGUCGAGCGAGCGCGUCGUCGUCGUCGUCCGGCGCCCCGAGCGGCCCUCGGUCCACGAUGAACGCCAGCGUCGACCUGUCCCGCCGCAAUCCGCAGGAGGAUUUCGAGCUGAUCCAGAGGAUAGGAAGCGGCACUUACGGAGAUGUGUACAAGGCUCGUAAUGUAAACACGGGGGAGCUGGCGGCCAUCAAAGUCAUCAAACUGGAGCCAGGCAGCUUCUUCUCCGGCAGUGACUGUGUUCUCUCCAGGGGAGGACUUUGCCGUUGUCCAGCAGGAGAUUCUGAUGAUGAAGGAUUGUAAACACUCCAACAUCGUGGCCUACUUUGGUAGCUAUCUCCGGCGAGACAAGUUAUGGAUCAGCAUGGAGUACUGCGGGGGAGGUUCUCUUCAGGACAUCUAUCACGUCACAGGACCUUUGUUAGAGUCUCAGAUAGCGUACAUGUCACGGGAGACCCUGCAGGGUUUAUACUACCUUCACAAUAAAGGCAAAAUGCAUCGAGACAUCAAGGGCGCCAACAUCCUCUUGACAGACAACGGCUACGUCAAACUAGCCGACUUUGGUGUAUCGGCACAGAUCACAGCAACUCUGGCCAAGAGGAAGUCAUUCAUUGGAACGCCUUACUGGAUGGCUCCAGAGGUGGCAGCCGUGGAGAGGAAAGGAGGUUACAACCAACUGUGUGAUAUCUGGGCCGUGGGUAUUACCGCAAUAGAGCUGGCCGAGCUGCAGCCGCCCAUGUUUGAUCUGCAUCCCAUGAGGGCUCUUUUCUUGAUGACCAAGAGCAAUUUCCAGCCACCCAAAUUGAAAGACAAGGUCAAGUGGACGGACAACUUUCACCAUUUUGUCAAAGUGGCCCUGACGAAGAACCCAAAGAAAAGGCCCACAGCGGAGAAACUGCUACAGCACCCGUUCGUGUCUCAGCCGCUGAGCAGGACGCUGGCUAAAGAGCUGCUGGACCGAGCCAAAAACCCCGACCACAAUAACUACAACGACUUUGACGACGACGACCCCGAACCGGAGUCUCCGGUGUCCGUCCCUCAUCGCAUUCGCUCCACCAGCAGAAGCACUCGAGAAGGAAAGACGCUCUCUGAGAUUAAUUUCGGUCAGGUGAAGUUUGACCCCCCGCUGAGGAAGGAGACGGAGCCCCAUCACGAACCGUGUGAUUCUGAGCCCUAUCUGGACUGUGUUGAGGAGCUCUACUAUACCGCGAGAUCUAAUCUGUUGGAGUAUAGCCACGAUUCACCCUGUCUGCUCGGAGGAAACAAGAGUCUUCUCAAAUCGGUGGAGGAGGAGCUGCAGCAGAGGGGCCAUGUGGCACACUUAGGGGAUGAUGAGGAUGAUGAUGGUGCAGAUGAUGAUGAAACUCACGCUCACAAGAUGAACACUAUCCUGAGGCCAAAGGUCCCGCCCCCGCUUCCACCCAAGCCCAAGUCCAUCAGCUCGCCCCAGCCGCAGGCCAAGCAGGACGACAGCCAUUCGCACAGCGAGGACGACGGCGGCGGCGGAGGCGGGACCAUCAAGCGCUGUCCGGCCCCGCACGCGCCCAGUCCCGCCAGGGCCGCCUCCAACGUACCCCCGCGGCCGCCGCCGCCGAGGCUGCCGCCGCACCGCCGCAGCAGCCUAGGUAACGAGACCGCGAGCGAGCGCUCGGACGCUGACACGUCCGCCCCGGAGGAUGAUGGGAGUUUUAGGCAUUUCUGGGAGUGGCUCCACACGCCUCACACAGAGGAGGAGCUGGAGGAGGCGUGGGAGGUGCUGAAGGAGGUGAAAGAGGAGCAAGAGAAAGAGAAUGAGGACGAGAGGAACGGCCUCAACUCCUCACAUAACGGCGAGCAGCGCAGCGGUCCCGCCGACAGACAACAGUCCACCAUGCCACCUAGCGUCCCCAUACGGAAGGACAAGAAGGACGUUCCGAUGCCAAGUAGCAACGGGCUUCCACCUACGCCCAAAGUCCAUAUGGGUGCUUGUUUCUCCAAAGUGUUCAAUGGCUGCCCCCUCAAGAUCCACUGCGCCACGUCCUGGAUCAACCCAGACACCAGAGAUCAAUACUUGAUAUUUGGCGCCGAAGAGGGAAUUUACACACUCAACCUGAAUGAGCUGCACGAGACCACAAUGGAACAGCUCUUCCCUCGUCGGUGCACGUGGUUGUACGUCAUGAAUAAUAAUCUUCUGUCGGUAUCCGGAAAAGCCUCCCAGCUGUACUCGCACGGCUUGCCGGGACUUUUUGACCAGGCCAGACAGCUGCAGAAGUUACCAGUCGCCAUUCCCACACACAAGCUGCCCGAUAAGAUGAUACCCAGGAAGUUUGCGGUUUCCACUAAAAUUCCAGACACUAAAGGGUGCCAAAAGUGCUGCGUGGUGCGCAACCCGUACACAGGCCACAAGUACCUCUGUGGGGCCUUCCAGUCCCAUGUAAUGCUGCUGGAGUGGGUAGAAUCCAUGCAAAAGUUCAUGCUCAUCAAGACCAUCGACUUCCCCCUGCCGUGCCCGCUGGAGGUGUUUGAGAUGUUGGUGGUUCCUGAGCAGACCUACCCUCUCAUUUGCGUGGCGGUCAGCAAAGGCAGCGAGCUGAACCAGGUGGUCCGCUUCGGCACCGUCAACCCCAACCCUAACGCUACCUCCUCCUGGUUCACAGAGACGGAUACGCCACAAACGUGCGUGAUCCACGUCACGCAGCUGGAGAGGGACACCAUCCUCGUCUGCCUCGACCGAUGUAUCAAGAUCGUCAACCUCCAGGGCCGACUGAAAUCCAGCAGGAAGUUGUCAGCCGAGCUCACCUUCAACUUCCAAAUCGAGUCCACAGUUUGUCUUCAAGAUAGCGUGCUGGCCUUCUGGAGGCACGGCAUGCAGGGGCGGAGUUUCAAGACCAACGAGAUCACGCAGGAGAUCUCGGAUAGUACGCGUAUCUUCAGACUGUUGGGAUCAGACAGGGUGGUGGUGCUGGAGAGCCGUCCGACCGACAACCCGACAGCCCACAGCAACCUCUACAUCCUGGCGGGCCACGAAAACAGCUACUGACACACGCACACGUACGUGCUAACAAUCCGCAUUAAGAGCCUAGCAACUAGCAAAGGGGAGUGUGCUGCCCCCCCACCCCCGCACCUCCCUACCACAGUGUCGACGAGGCUCCGUGGUGCGUUCGAGGGCAGAAUACAAUGUAAGUAACGAUCCCGCUCGUGACGCCCUCCCCGGAGGUGGGACCUCCACACCACUUGUACUACUUAGUCGUACACGUUGUGCUACUACUGCGGCCAUCUUGCACAGAGACCCUCCUUACCAACACACACACACACACUUUUAUUUAUUGUGGCAUGACGUUAAUCCGCCAACAGGACGAAGACUUUCCUGGUUUGUCUGUUUUUGUUUUAAAAAAAAAAGAAAAAAGAAAAAAAGGAGACUGCUUUCGGCGGCCGCCUCCGCUUAGCAACAACAGCCACGUAAGUGCUUAACUGAUGUCUAUUUAAUUGAUGUACAUAUAAAUGUAGUAUUUUUGGACAGAUAUGAACACUAAAACUGCUCGUGUGUAGUUAGGCGUGCGUGUAGUUGCUCGGCACAAACAAACGGCGAAAGGGCGGACGAUGGGAAGCGGGACGGCUCACUUCCCGGUCCCCCGGUCACGUGACAAGGAAGCCGAGCCGGAUCCGUUUCGGGUGGACGUUCCGCGUGUUUGAUGACUUGUUCGUUCUGCACACCUAAUUUUUUUUUUUUUUUAAACUCUUUUUUUUAUGCAGUUUUGAUCAUAAGGCUUCUUUUUACUUUUGUUUUUAUUUGAACCACUGGUGUUAAACAUUUGCACAGAGAAAAAGUUGUUUGUGAAAGAAAUGUGCUCUUUUGCGUGUGAAUGUGGAUUAUCAAUGUCAGUCUGUACACACAUCUUGUCCUUAACGAGCAACACAAACGUUAGCUCAUUUUAAGUUUUUUUUUUUUCUGCAUCACACAUGUAAAUGUUCUCUUUCACUGAAACAAAACCAUAAAUGAAAAGCAACAAUGGUUGCCGAGUUUUUAAGUAGGCCGCCAGGAUCUCUUUGAAAGUCCGAGCGGCGCAAUUUGCAAAAGCGGAAAAGUUGAAUUUGAGCAGUCUACUUAAUUGCUGCAGUCAUGAGACAUUUCAGCUCAACAGUUUUCUUUCUGGAGAUUUGCAAGGGACCCAUAGUUUUUAGAUUUUAUCCCGCUGGGUCGUGGCCUCUGAAAGUGCGCGAUAUUCUCUGUAGCGUAUCCACAAAUAUUCCGACCGUAGGAAGUCGGCAACGCCCACAUUUGGAACAUACGACGGACGCCUGAGAAGCGCGUGCAAUGGACUUUUCAAUCCGAUCCCACUCUGUCCAACCAGUUUGUCCGGCGGGUUUUCAAGCGGUGGGCAAUUUUCAACGAUGGCUUUUUGACACAUUUAAGCAAUCAUUUUUCUUACUUGCCCAAGACGCCACGUUCGAAAUAUGCUUUAAACGCGUCCACUCCCUGCGCCGUCACCAACGGUUUUGCCUUCGGUACUUCAGAAACCCGUUUGGCCUCCCCACAAGUCUUGCGAAGCUUCUCUAUGCUGUCGGCACGUGCAAAUAUUUUCUUCCAAGUUUUUGAAAUUCUGAAGCAGGCCCCAUGUAGGAAGCGUCCAAAUUACUCUAAAACUGAGGCUGACCUUUUUUUUUUUCUUUUGAUUAAUUGAUGAAUCCAAUAUAAAAAAAAAAAGUUAUGUCCAUUCUUUGUUCCAAAUUGACAAAAGAAUGGACAUAACACGAAUGAUGAUGAGUAAUGAUUAUGAAAAUGAGCAAAAAUGCUGUUUUUCUAAGCUAAAAACGUGUUUGCAAAUGCUUUAUUUGAAUUCAGUCGGGACUGCAGAAAUCUGUGGGAAGGCUGAAAUUGAAGAAUUUGGACAGUGGGACCUCUAAACGAUUGUUUAGCCAACUGUUGCGGUCCUACGCAAUCGAUUGUGGCACAAGUCGGCUGACUGUCUUGUGUCUGUGGUUCGAACCCCUGACUCCGACUGCCGUGGGAGUGUCCACGGGCAAGAUGCCGAGCCCCUAAAUUUCCUCCAGGUCGGUCGGCGUUGUACAUGAGAAAAUGUUCUUCUCAGCUGCCUUAAAAGGUUAAACAAAAAGCAAACGAGUUGCAGUCUGUCGUCCUCCGCUGAGGCGCGAUCCCAUUGGGCCGGUUCUGAAGGAUUGUCCCCUUUAGUUGGGGGGGAGUCGGGUGUCAGCGCUGCGUCUUGAGGAUCGCUUUGGGUCGAACGCGGGUCGACAGCUUCGCCUCUUGAGGAGUUUGUUGCCUUUGUGGAAACCCGGUCGACGUCAUGUUGUGGCUGUGCCUUCAGAUUCUGCUUCAGUCGGAACCUGCUCGCCAUCUACGGUGCGGUCACACGUUAACGGUUGCGUCUUGAGGUUCUGCUUCACGGCGGCCAGUCAGAAUCUCCGUAGUUGUGUUCUGGCGAUCGUCUCGAUUAUUUUUGACAUGAUUAACGUGAUCAUCCUUGACUUGUCGGGGGGGUUGGAGGGGGGGAUUGCCCCUUUCCGGCUGUGUCAGCACAUUGUUUUCCCAUUGUAGUUGAACUACAAGGUGGAAACCAGUCGCAGACGGUUUUCCUUUUCAAAACUUCCCCACCUUCAAAUGGAUUCAUAUAUUUUAUGUAAGAACAAAAACAUAAGACUCUUCUUGAUCUCGGGUUGCAUCUAACAAUUAUUGUAAUCAGCGAUUAAUCUGUCUUUUUUUUUUUGUUUUUGUUUUUUUUUUUUUUUUCAAUUCGCCCCUCUCCACGCAAAAAAAGCAACUGUUACUUGACUCGCACAUAGAAUGACGCAGCAAUUUUUUACAUUUUUUUUCCAUCCAGUAUUAUCCCCCAAUUUUUUGAAAAUGUCUCAUAUUCCCGAUGCCUUGACGUGGAUGCGACUCAUUUUAUGUGGAAAGCACGCUGCGGCAAUUUCGAUUCAUUUGACAGCGUCCCACUGAAAUGUUUGAAAUCCAUCUCCUGUUACCCAAAAAAAAAAAAAAAAGAAUCCUUUUUGCAGAUUUAAUGUGAACACUAACACAAACACACUAAAAACCGGACUCUCUCCUGUUCUGUCAGGUUUUUUUCUUUCAUGUCACACGUUUUUGUUUGUUUUGUCACGAUGCAAUUGGCACGUUGUGUACAUAGUGUAAAAUAAAAUUGGGUUUGUUUUGCAUACUGUACAAUUGCCUA